UGUGGUCUCAAAAGAGGAAGGAACACGUCUGGGUUCCAGGAGAAGCUGAGAAGAAGAGCCUGAGCCGAGAUGGGCAAGGUCUGCAGUCUUCUCAUCUUGUGCCUCUGGGGCUUCGCUGUAGGACAUGGGUGCAAUUAUUCCAGAACAACCCCUGAUUUUGGAACCAUCUACCACGUCAAAGGAAUCAUCAACCUGCCCUAUGCUGAAAUCGAAGAGCCUUUUGAAGCCUGGUACAACCUGACGGGAAACAAGAGUCGCAUUGAGUACUAUAAUGGCCAGGUGAUCACCUUGCAACUCGGAUGCGUGGAACCAUACGGCACCCUGUUCAAAAUAACGCCGGCGACGACAGAGACGGUGGUGAACGCCGAAAAGUGCUUCCAGCUGAACGGCACUAAAGAGAGCCGCGUGCGUCCCCAGGAAGUCUUUCCAGACAUGAAAAACUUCCAGGCUUUACGGGAAGAGUACUACAAAGGCCAGUACUGCACCGUCUGGCAGAACAUUUCCUACUGGGGCCACAAGAAGAAUAUCUACACCAUGUGGGUCACCAACACGAGCUGCGGCGUCUCGCCCGUGCACUACGAGAUGAGAGGCUACAACACUUUGCUGGGGUCCCAUUACGACAAAUACGAAAUAGAUUACAGCGACUUCUCCAACAGCUUCCCGGCGUCCGUCUUUGUCCUGAAAAAGAAUGAAACAAAACUAUGUGACGAAUUGCCCGGGGACUCUUCGGAGCACCACAUCAUGGCGAACCCCAUGGCCGAUUUCAUUGGAAGGCAGGAGGACCGGGCCCACCAGCUCUUCCACCAUUAUCGGAAACGGUUCGGGAAGUCCUACGACGACGAGAAGGAAAUGGAACACAGGAAGCACACCUUCACCCACAACAUGAGAUUUGUCCACUCGAAGAACCGAGCCAACCUGCCCUUCAAGCUGGCCCUGAACCACUUGGCCGACCUCACCCAGGACGAGAUGGCGGCGAUGAGAGGGAAGCUCAAGAGCACCAAACCGAACAACGGGCUGCCUUUCCCGCACGAGCAGUUCGUGGGCCUCAUCCUGCCGGAGAGCCUGGACUGGCGGCUCUACGGCGCUGUGACUCCAGUCAAGGACCAGGCCGUGUGUGGUUCCUGCUGGAGCUUUUCCAGCACCGGAGCCCUGGAAGGGUCUCUCUUCCUCAAGACGGGCCAGCUCAUCCCUUUGUCUCAGCAAAUCCUCAUCGACUGCUCCUGGGGCUUCGGGAACUACGCCUGCGAUGGUGGUGAAGAGUGGCAAGCAUUUGAGUGGGUCCUGAAGCACGGUGGCAUUGCCAGCACCGAAUCCUACGGGCCAUACAAAGGCCAAAACGGCUACUGUCACAGCAACAAGACCCACCUCGUGGGCAAACUCUCCGGUUACGUGAACGUUACUUCUGGGAACAUAACCGCGCUGAAGGCCGCGAUCUACAAGCACGGCCCCGUCUCCGUCAGCAUCGACGCCUCCCACAGAACCUUCUCCUUCUAUUCCAACGGGGUUUACUAUGAGCCCAAAUGCGGAAACAAGAAAGGCGAGCUGGACCACGCGGUCCUGGCCGUGGGCUACGGCGUCCUCCAAGGAGAGCUUUACUGGCUGGUCAAGAAUUCCUGGUCCACGUACUGGGGCAACGACGGCUACAUCCUCAUGUCCAUGAAAGACAACAACUGCGGAGUGGCCACGGACGCCACGUACCCGCUGAUGGCGUGAUUUUCCCUUCGCCGGUUCAGGAUCCCUCAUGUUUUUGACUCGCUCACGAUUGGAAUCUUAGUCUAUAAGACUGAAACAGACUCAGGGAAUUUUUUAAAAAAUGGAAUGAUUUUUGUGUUUUGUGCUAGCCUGGUUGUAUUCUGAAAUGGGCGCAAAUGAAAUCACAAAGCCCACCUUUCUCAGUGGGAAUGUCAGCA